AGGGUUGCCAGGGGCGACGGGAGGAGGCGAGCGCCGAUUGGUGGGAGCGCGGCUAGCGAUUGAUCGGAUUGGACGCCGACGGUCACGUGGCGGUAGAAUUCCGUGGUUGAAGUAACUGACGGAGGAAGAGCGGUGUGUGUGUGAGAAGGGGAAACCCUGAGAGAUCGCGGGCGACAUGUCCUUCCCGUUCAGGAGGAGAGAAGCUAACCAGUUUAAGCACAUUGCUCAUGGCCUCAUCCCUGCAGCCACCGUAGCCCCCCGCUCUGCCGUUCCUCGCACCCCUCCUCCCCGCAGCCCGAACCCCUCUCCAGAGAGACCCAGGUCCGCUCUUGCUGCUGCUGUUUUGAUGACCUCCUUAACCGGUCGCACAGUUGCAAUGCCGCAGCCGCGCCAAAGGUCCUACUCUGACAGCGUGUGCGUUGAUGAAGGGAGCCAGAUCGAACCCUACGCGUCGGCCUCAGAGCUCGGACUAGCACAAAAUUGGAAGGCGUACGCGAAUCGGAACAAGCAGAAUUUUCCCAUAAUGUCAGAGUUUGAUGAUGAUGAUGGAACGGAGGAGCAAAUGUCGGAAAUUGAAAAGCAAUUUGUUCAGCAAGCGUCACCAAGGAGAGAUGAAAGUGUGGCAGUGGAGCCAAUUUACGCUCUUCCUCACAAGGGCAGAAAAAGACCUACAGCCUCUCCAGAGCAGGAGGAAAUUGAUGGCAGCGGAGCUACUUGUUCUGAUGUUGAAAAUUAUCAAGCGUUUUCAGAUCAUUCUCCCAGAGAAGACUCCAGAGUUGAUCCUGUUGCAGAAUCUACAAUACCUGGGCCGGUUCCAACAACCAGAAGAUCUCAAGUGACUGAAGUGGUCAGAUCAGGUUCCACUGGUAUGUUGGAGGCUGUAAGUCACCCUGGUGUAUCAGAGGCUGUAAGUCACGCUGGCAUAUCGGAGGCUGAUAGUCGCCCUGCUGUAUCGGAGGCUGUAGGUCGCCCUGCCGUAUCGGAGGCUGUAAGCCGCCGAUCGUAUGAAGUAAACCGGGAGGAGAUCAGGCAGCUGCACACCACAAACCAGCAGCUAAUCAACAUGAAUCAUGAGCUGAAUGUUCAAGUGGAGGAAAUGAAGGAGCAGAUAAAGGCCUGGAGACUGAAGAUAAAGACUCUAAAGAAUGAGAAGAAGGCGCUGGAAGAAGCCUGCAAGAAAUCCCAAAUUGGAGCAGAUGCUGCAGAACUGAUCUCAAUUCGGGAACAGGCACAAGAAUUGGUAGAUGAGAAUGACGCUUUAAAGAUGACAAUCCACCGUCUCAACGUUGAGCUGAGCCGCUAUCAAACCAAGUAUCGUCCGUUAACCAAAGAAGAGAAUCUGAAGAUUGGCGGGUUGCCACCCAGAGGACCUCCGCCACCCUGGCUGCUGGAUAUGAAAUACUUGUCACCACUGCUACUGGCAUAUGAAGACCGACUGAAGGAAAAAGACAACUUGAUCCUGUCCUUCGAGGAGGAAAUGAAAAAUUUUAAGCGCCGUCUGAAGCAGGUGAUUGAGGAGAAUGAGACCUUACACCAGGUGUUAGAGCAAGAAAGACCCGUAAAUGCCAAGGAAUGGGAGAUGCUGCAGAGUCAGAAUAAACUUCUCUCGGAGGAGAACACGGUCCUGGUGGGAAAGCUGGAGGUCCACGAGAUGAAGAGCCGAGAGGGUCACGGAAAGCACCUGCAGGAAGUCUCCCAAUUAACGAAGCAGCUAAUGACUCUGGAAGCUGCGAAUCGCGGCAGCGAAGGGGCGCUCUUAGAAUUACAGAAGCAGCAUGAACUUCUACGCUCCAAGUGCAACGAGUUGAAAGCAGAUGUGGAUGGCAGAGUUGCAGCAGAGGAGCACGUUGCCAUGGUGAACGAAUUAAAAAGCCAACUGCAGCAGCAGCGGAACGCUAGUGAGAGAGAAGCGCGUGAGAUGAUGGACAAGAUCAGAGAUCUGCAGACCCACAAAAAGACUCUUCUGCUCCAGAAAAAUGAAUUUGUGUCCGACAACAAGAUGCUGGAGGCCGAGCUGGAGGCAGUUCGGAAAUCCAAUAGGAAGAUGAAGAGGAGGAUCGGCCUACUGAGGCAGGAGUUGGAGGAUGCCAUGGAGAAGGAGGUGACGGCUCACCAGUAUCUGGCCAAUCUCAUCACUCUUGCGGAAACUAUCGCUGGAGAAAGGGACCAGCUCAUACAUGUGGCUAAAGGCUUGGAAGCAGAAAAGCAUGGAGUCUUAUCAAAGAUGAUGGAAGGCAGCGUACGUCUGGGAAGACUAGAAGAGAUGGUGAAGGUGUACAAGAAUAAAGCGGCCAGCACAGUGCGAGGAAUCGCUCACACGCUGAAGGAACAGGAGGAAGAUUUUGCCGGGAAGGCGGCCCGAUCCCAGCGGGAGAUGAAGCACCUCCACUGGCUCCUACAAGACCGGCAGGAUGCCUUCAAUCAAGUCUUGCAGCAGAAGAGACAUGUGGAAGGUGAACUUGAAGUCAUCUGGGAGUCGGCGUCCAAUGAGAACAGACAACUGAAGACGCUCUUACACGACACCCUGAGGCAGAGCAAGCACAGCGUUGGCGACUUCCAGCACAACUCCGCCAUUGGCUUCAGUUACUGCGAAGUGAAUUCCUUCUCUCACCAGGACGAGCCGGCCGGCUAGAGCCGAAGACGAGCCGCUUAUCUCCGUAAUAAUAAGUCUCACGUUCCUUUCCUCAUUUCCCGUGAGUAGUGUGUGCCAGGGCCAGGAUUCUUCGCUUCCCAGUAGCUGGACUUGGCGUUUAUCAUCGAUUGCGAGCCAAUCUUUUUCAAUCAAAACGGCUGCCAAUGGCUGAACGGUUUUGAUUGGCUGUUCAGUUGUGAUGCCGUUUUUUUUUUCUUAUUGGAAAACUCCAAUGAACACAAGGAGGAGUCUCUCUGCUUCCAAGUGACUUCCGAGCCCGCAGCCUGCCCUCUGUGGGCACAAGUGCCAAGCCAGACGGAGUUCAAUGUGUGCAAUAAAGAGAAGGACCAGUCGCACUUUAUCUGUGUUUGAUAAAAAUGUAUUGCCCUGGUCAAAUGCAGAAGGUCCAUCCAGACACUCCAAGCUGACGCGUUUCAACAAGAAAGGGCCUAACAUUGUCUACCAAGGCAAUUUUUAUAUUUUUCGCACACAUUUUAAAAUUACCGGGUUUU